UUCUGUCCAGAGUGUCACUGUCCCAGGCUGGAACAGUGGGAGCAGGAAAGUGACAAAGGAUGCCCAGGUCAUUCCUUGUGAAAAAACCUUGUAGCUACAAGAUCCCCAACUAUGGACAACUGCUAGAGGCACAGGCAGGUGCCAAUACUUCCUGUUUCUCUUGCUCUGGCCUGGUGUUGUCCUUGCUUCAGAAUGAGGAUUCUUCAUCUUCAUCAGGUACAAAACAUGAUGCCAAAGAACACUGGGGAGCAUUCCCAAUUCAAUCUCAACCCCUGGAAGAUACAGGCCAGAAAGAACAUCUUGAUAAAGUAUCACUUUACCUUGGAAACAGAAUAGUAGAUGUUAUACCAACUGGGUUACCCCUCAAAGAUAAUAUGAACAACCUAAAUUUGCCAAUAAGGAGAAGGCCGUCAGAUAUGAUGCCAGGAUUCAAGACUACUCCAUAUAUGUCUCUGCAAACUGAACAACAGUCCAAUACUUUUGAAUGCUCAGACUUUCACAUAACCUAUGGAAUGUUAGCAAACAACAAAACACAGCAGUGCCAUGGGCCAGCACACAGACUCUUCACUUGCCAGCACUGUGCCAAAGCCUACAGCAGCCUCGGUGCACUCAAGAUGCAUAUACGAACCCACACAUUGCCAUGUACCUGUAGAAUCUGUGGCAAAGCUUUUUCGAGGCCUUGGCUCCUACAGGGACAUAUUCGGACCCACACAGGUGAAAAACCAUUCUCAUGCUUUCACUGUGGCCGUGGAUUUGCAGACCGCUCCAACCUGCGGGCUCACCUGCAGACACACUCAGAGAUAAAGCGAUAUCAGUGCCCUGGAUGUGGAAAGACCUUUUCUCGAAUUUCUCUCCUUGCCAAGCAUCGUGACGGCUCCUGUUGCCCAGUUUCAUGACUCCUCCAUUGUUUAGCAAACCAGUGAUUCCUGUGGACUACAUACUGCAUUUCAUGCAACGCGCCAAAGUGUGUUUUUACAAUGGUUGUUCAAAGCAGAAAUUAAGGAUAAAUUCAGCAUUUAAAAUCCAGAAAUAAAUGUGUGGUUUGUGCAUA